CUAACAAGUUACAAGUUACAAGUUCCGCACACAAGUGCGGGUGUGUCCGUAAAAGCCGGGGGGGCCAUGGACGUUGUAUUGGUAUUGAUGCGGGUACGCGGGAGGUCAUCUUCAUUCUCCCUCGUCCGCUUCAGGGCGAAGCGCCUCAGCGCGACGUGCCUGGCCUCCCGAAUUUCUGAGAGGUACCUGGCCAAUGCCAGGGGUGGCGCCUCAGUCAUAGUGGUGCGCAUGCUGCGCCCCGUAAGGACUAGGUCACCAUCAUACUUAGCCCGUAUGCUCUUGUAAGCGGGACAUUCUUCGAAAACAUGCAACUCAUCUUCAACCGCUCCACAGUCACAAAGCCUGCAGUGGAUGACGAAAGCAGGUGUAGGGACGGUAAAGGCCGGAAAGCCCGGGUGGAGCUUGAUAUUGCACGAUACCAGGAUUACGCGGAAUAUUUUGAGGGGGGGUCCCCUACUAUGAAUGCCUUAAGCCAAGUGGCCGAGGACCUGCAGAGGGGAGUUUGCAACACCACACAAGCUGUCGAACGCAUUGGAGGUGCCCUGUACAAAGUCCUGGUGAGGGCCUUCGAUACCCACCGACCUACCGGCAUGACGGCAGUCCGUAUCAACAUAUGCAUGAAGUGGGCUCCGAAAAUCCAUGAAAAGUAG